AUGGAUCCAAGCUCCAUCGUCCGAAGCGCAGGAUGGCACAAAGAAAGUAACGGAAAACGGUCUUUGAUGCCCCAUUCUCCUGUUCUCAGCUGCGCUCAUCAGAACAUCUCCAUCCUCUCCCGAAUCACCUCCUAUCCACGCAACACGCGCCCGUCCACAGUCUUCCUUCGCCUAGUCCAACUCGCCCCGACGGUACUGCUCAGCGAGCGCAACAGCUUCCAGACGCCCUCAUCUCCUCGCCAGCUCGUCGAAAUGGCUGAUUCCGCCCCGGCCGUCAACGGCGGCUCUCUUCUCGAGGCCACCAAAUCCAACGCCGCUGCUGCGUACCAGUCUGUUACCAACGGCCCCGUUGCGCAGAACGUCUACGACCACACUCAGAAGGCUUCCAACGAGCUCUCCAACCUCGCUGCUGCUCGACGCACUCCCUCGACUCCCGCUGCCACUGGCCAGCCUCUCACUCACUACCACUCCUUUUUCUCUGAGCUCCUGUCUUGGAACAACCCUCGAGCUUCCGGUAUUGCCUACGUGACCACCGUCUCCCUUAUUUUUGCUGCCCGAUACUUGGAUGUCCUCCGAUGGGCUUUCAAGGUUUCGUGGAUGGUCCUUGGUGUGACCAUCCUCGCCGAGGUUGUUGGCAAGAUCGUACUCAACAAUGGCCUGGCUACUCAGGUUCGCCCUCGUCGAUACUACACCGUUCCCCGUGAGACUCUCGACCAUAUGAUUGGAGAUGCCCACGAGCUCGUCAACUUCUUUGUUAUUGAGGCCCAGCGAAUCAUCUUUGCUGAGAAUGUCUUUGCUUCUGCUGCUGCCUUUGUCGCUGCCUUCAUUUCCUAUUACCUUGUCAAGCUCGUUCCCUACUGGGGCCUUGCUGUUAUUGGCACCACUGUCGUUUUCUUUGUUCCCCUGAUUUACACCACCAACCAGGAGCUGAUUGAUGAGCAACUCCACCACGCCUCGGAGCUCAUCAACUCGCAGACCGCUCAGGUCCGAGAUGUUGCCUCGAAGCAGAUGGAGCAGGUUUCGGCCAUUGGCAAGCAGUACGCUGGCGACUACAGCGGCAAGGUCCAUGACCUCCUCCGAGGUAACCAUGGUUCGCGCCAGAAGAUUGAGAAGCCCACCAAGGCCGCUGCCCCUGUCGCCAAGGAGCCCGAGUUCCCCUCUCCUCCUACUGAGGACCCCGUCAAGUCGGAGGCGGCUCCCCAGAUUCCCACCCCCGCAGCUCUCAAAGAGGAGAUCUCCGAGCCUACUGCUAUCGAUGCUGAAGCUCCCGAGGUUCCCAGCGAGCCUGUUGUCGCCAACAAGGAGCCCAUGAUCGCUUCCUAA